UCUAUGUUUGAUGUGAAUCUCCUGGCAAGCUAUUGCAUAAAUAAAUGGAAUUAAGACCAAGAAACGGAUCCCAAAGCUGAUUUCCUUAUCCUAACACUCUCAUCUGGUCUCUAUGUCUCGAAUCUUCUCCGCAUGGAACAAGAAGAAGCUGCACCUUCAUCUCAACUUAAUCCCCACUAUUUUUUCUUCUUCCCACACUCACUUCGACGCUCUCGCUGCCGCCAAUAGUGGGCUUCUCCGGCCCAGUUUGAGGCUCUACAGUAGUAGUAGUAGCAGCAGCAAUGGGGAGCCACCAGAGGAUUGGCCUCACGAUCACUACGCUGCUACGCAAACUCCUAUUAGUGUUAAUUUCAUUCGGGCCUCUGGGCCCAGGGACGGGUGGGUCGGAGGGUCCAAUUUGGGUAGGGAUUUUCCUACUCCGAAGGAAAUCUGCAAGGGACUCGACAAGUUUGUUAUUGGCCAGCACAGGGCCAAGAAGGUGCUCUCUGUAGCUGUUUAUAACCACUAUCAAAGAAUAUACCAGGGGUCAGAGGCAGAUGAAGGACUCUCUCAAGGAUUGGAUGAUGGGGAUGAUGUGGAGCUGGAAAAGAGUAAUGUUCUCUUGAUGGGUCCAACCGGUUCAGGGAAGACGUUACUUGCGAAAACACUGGCUCGUUUUGUGAAUGUUCCCUUUGUCAUUGCUGAUGCUACUACCCUAACACAGGCUGGUUAUGUUGGGGAAGAUGUCGAAUCAAUAUUGUAUAAACUACUUGCGGCAGCAGAGUUCAAUGUCCAAGCUGCUCAACAAGGGAUUGUUUACAUUGAUGAAGUGGACAAGAUAACUAAGAAGGCUGAGAGCUUGAAUAUUAGCCGGGAUGUUUCUGGUGAGGGUGUUCAGCAGGCAUUAUUAAAAAUGCUGGAAGGAACUAUGGUAAACGUUCCUGAGAGAGGAGCAAGGAAGCAUCCACGGGGUGAUAACAUACAGAUUGACACAAAGAAUAUUCUUUUUAUAUGUGGUGGAGCAUUUAUUGAUCUUGAGAAAACCAUUUCAGAGAGACGACAAGAUUCUUCAAUUGGUUUUGGAUCACCAGUCCGUUCCAAUAUGAGAACUGGUGGAGUUACAAAUGCUGCAGUCACAUCAUCUUUACUUGAGUCGGUGGAAAGUGCUGAUCUUAUUGCAUAUGGUCUCAUACCCGAAUUUAUAGGACGAUUUCCAAUCUUAAUUAGCUUGUCAGCUCUAACCGAAGACCAACUUAUGCAGGUCCUCACAGAACCAAAAAAUGCUCUUGCUAAGCAGUACAAGAAAUUAUUUAACAUGAAUAAUGUAAAGCUACACUUCACAGAGAAAGCUCUGAGAUUGAUUGCAAAGAAAGCAAUGGCCAAAAAUACUGGUGCCAGGGGUUUAAGAGCACUACUGGAAAGCAUUUUAACUGAAGCCAUGUUUGAGAUUCCAGAUGUUAAAGCAGGAAAUGAACUCAUUGGUGCAGUUGUUGUUGAUGAGGAGUCAGUAGGAUCAGUAAAUGCCCCUGGUUGUGGAGGAAAAAUUCUUUGUGGAGAUGGUGCUUUGGAACUGUACCUAGCUAAGAUGGAGGGUUCAGUGGCUAACGGUGCCGUAGCUGAGCCAGACUUACAAGAAGGGGAAUCAGAGAUUUCAUCAAGAGCCGUGAGCAUGUAAUAUUAUAUAUUAUAUUUACCACAAUCAAGGUGUAUAAUAUAUCAUUGUUGUUAUCUGUAAAAAUCACAUUCAUAAUCUGCUGUAAUUAUCCCUUGUAUAACGGUGUAGCUUCUGUUUUAUGUACAUUGGAUAGGAAGGAUAUAGAAAAUUGAAGGAUGUAGCAUUGCUAAUUUAGGCAUCACGUCAUCCAAAAUUUCAAUUGAUUUUGAUGAAACUCUAUUUUGAGACGA